UUCGAGUCUGCGCUGCAUAUUUCCUCCAUUCCAACGUUACCAUUUUUUGCGGUUGUCGCCACCAUGGAUGUGAAGCGGAAGCACGAGAUUGAGGCUGCUCUGGCGACCGAGGCGCAGGCCGUCUCGUCCGGGAGGCUGAAGGAGGACAACCCGCUCGACACCAGCGAGCGGUUCCACGUCUUCUGCGAAGCAUGUCGGCGGGGCGAUUUGAAGGUGUGCCAGGAAAUGAUUCAGGCAGGCGUGAAUAUCAAUGCAAGAGACAGGCACGACUACACGCCUCUAAUCCUGGCUAGUCUCUGCGGACAUUACGAAGUUAUCCAGCUCCUACUUGAGAACGGCGCGCUGUGCGAGCGAGACACCUUCCAAGGCGAGCGAUGCCUCUAUAACGCGCUGAACGAUCGAAUCCGCAAUCUCCUACUUUCAUACGAUUACGCAAAGUCGACGAACCCUCUACAGCCGCUCGCCGCGCACAUUACCUCCCUCCUUACGCGACCGACACCGACGACAGCGGAUAUCACGAUUACAACAUAUGAUCAGAGUUUUCAGUUGCACAAGUUCCUGCUGGCCGCGCGGUCGCCGUAUUUUGCAAAGAAGCUAGCUGCGGCGCCGGCUACAACAUCAUGGAAAUUGCCACCCAACAUCCCUGCAGAUUCGCUAGGAGUUGCGCUGCAAUAUCUGUAUCUUUCGGAGGUGUCACUGCGGAAAGUGACCUUUGGUAUGAGUGACGAGGAAGAGCUGGUCGUGCUCAAUGGCAUUGACAAGAUCGGGCGGCAAUUGGAAAUGGAGAGGCUUUUCGAGGAUAUAACUGAGGUCUCCGAUCGAAGAUUGCUGCGGCAAAAGCGAGCGGAAGAGCUAGAUCGCGGGCGCGAUCAGCUGGAAGCAUGGUUUCAACAAAAUGUGCUCAAGCAUAAGAUGGUGGUCAAUAUAGAGAAGGCGGAUAACAUCCACUGGGAUCGAGAUAAUUCCAUCUUCGCGGACGUUCUUCUAAGAGCAGAUGAUGAUGACGAAGAGGCAGCAUACGACUCAGACGCGACCGAUAUAUCGGCUGGACCUUCAGAGUCAUCCACACCGCCCGUACGACAUACCCUCGGGCCUUUGAACGGCAUACCUGUUGGGCCUAUACAAUCCCGCUCGCCUUCCGAAAACCCAAAAACUCGGAAGUCGACUAUAUACCCAGCACACCGUGCGCUGCUUCUAAGGUCUGAAUAUUUCCUUACCAUGUUCAGCUCGCAGUUCCGGGAAGCACAACACACGCCAUAUUUGCAGACCAUAAAAUUGGAUUGUUCGCCAGCAGUUCUAGAAACCAUCUUGACCUUCCUAUAUACCGAGCGAUCCGAUUUUGGUCUAGACAUUGCGAUUGAUGUCUUGUUUGCGGCAGACCAGCUCUUUAUCGAGAAGCUGAAGCAGCGCGCUGCACUGAUCAUUUCCACGCUGGGCAAUGGCUCGUCGUCAACCGUGGAGUCGGAAAAUCCCCGUGGCGAAACAGACGCGGAAGAAGCAGUUGAUAUAUAUGAAGUCAUAAGAGCCGGAUGGGAUACGCGGGUACAAAGAUUAGAAGAGUUCGGUGCCCGAUACAUCGCCUAUCGCCUGGAGCACUUUAUUGACGAGCCAGAGUUUGCGCAGCUGGUCCGGGAAUCCUCUAGGAGGGUCAAAGCGCGCCAGGAGACAGAUACCGUUGAGCUGGUUGACGACAUCCGAUAUUACCUCUCCGACAGGUUCCGCCUCCGCUUCGAAGACAGUGGGCUUGAUGAGAUGAUGGACGAGACGCAAAUGAACGGCGAGGCGCUUGCAGAUGCUGUGAACGAUCUUGAUCUAUCCGAUAAGGAGCUAGUAGAGCAGGAGGUCUUUGCGCCGGACAUUGAGGGCCAAUUCGCCGCUGGCGCCAUCCGGACCCUAGACGGCGAAAUAGCAGGCGACGAAUUUGCUCAGGACGCAAUCAACUACCAGAUCUUGCUAGGAAAGAUUGAUAGACUGCUGGAGGACCUCAACCUAGAUGCAUAGUGGUAGACUUUGUUUAGUGUAUACAUGCAUUGGGUAGGUAUGUCUUGAAGAAGAGGCGUAUUCGGCAUCUAGAGGUCAUGAUAGCGGGCGGUAAAAGCGAUAUUGACAGACUGCAACCAUGCUUACGUUGUCUUAAUGUCUCUUUCACUCUCACAUCCACACUCACAUUCAC